AGCAGUAUGUUUGGAGGUCAGCGCGUAUUCAACGCGCUGAUCCUGGAGGAGGGGGAAGAGUAUCUCUCCGACUGCGAAGUCUCAAUCGCCACUUCAUAUCCGGUUGCCUUUCCAGUUUCCCAUGUUCGCGCUGCCGUGGCUGCUCUCGCAGCAGCAGCAGGUGACCAGACUGCUGCUGCUGCUGCUGCAGCGACAGCAACAGCGGCAAGUGAUGAUGAAGGGCCUGUCCACCCCCUGCUGGCGAGACUUCUUGGCUUGAAGCAACAGACGUCAGCUGAGGAGGGGCGCCUUCGCUUGUGCAGCAAGAGCUUCAUUUUAGACCCGCAUCGGCGAGCAGCGGAUAUCCUCAAGUUGCUGCUUAGACGCAUCAUCCUCAUUGCACAGCUUCCCAGCAGCAACAGCAGCAGCUGGAGGGGGGUUGCUGAUUCUGGCCCCGCAGCAGCAACAACGGGAGAAGUGCGACUGCUGCUCGGCGUGGCAGAGUUCAUGCGCGUGUCUUUAACAGUCAUUGAUGGAAAAACGCGAUGUGUGUCGCCUUUCACGCAAGAAUCUGCUGCGACAGCAUCCCAACCACCCCCCUUGUUCCCUCAACACCACCAACAGCAACACCAACAGCAGCGAAGCCCUUCAUCCUUCGCUCAGGAACGUAGCAGGAUCUUUUGCUUUGUCCUUACCAUUAAUGCGGCCGCUGCAGCGGCUGCAGCUGCAGCAGCAGCUGAGCCUGCAGGCAGCCGCAAGCUAACCUUGCUGUUACUCAACAUGUGGCGAGUUUCUGCCGGCAGGGAACUUCUCGCGCGCCUGCCAAUGCGUCCCCUUCUCGCAGACGGAGAAGCACCAGAUGAGGACAAGCAACUUCAACAGCCACCACAACUGCAGCAGCUUGUGACACCCGAGAUGUUCGCGAUCUCAGUGCAGCGAGAGCUGCAGCAGCAUGUUCGCUUCAGUUUUUCGCAGCUGGAUCACAGAGAACAGCUUCUUCUUCCUACCAACACAGGCUUUUGGGUGUCAAGAAUCCGGCCCCUUAUGUCUCAGCGUGCCCUCAUGCUACUCACACCCUCCUUCCUCUACCUGGAGCCUCACCCCAACUUCACAAACAAGCCUGCAAAGAGAUACCCCCUGUGUGCGCUUCUUCAUGUCUUGCGGCGCGUCCGCUGUCUGCGUCCAAGUGCUCUCGAGCUCAUUUUUGGAGCUAAAAGCAGCAGCAGUACCUCCGGGAGCAGCAGCAGCAGCAGUCAUACCUCCACUAGAACGUUCCCCCCUCCUGUUCCUCGCUCUUCUUCUCCCGCUAAUGCUGCCACAGAUCAACAGGACGGCCUUGGUGUCCGGCAUCAGAAAAACUACAAAGUGCUACUCCUUGAAUUCGCAGAUCUCACCGAAAGAGAGCGAGUUGCUUGCGCUCUGGAGCAGCUCAAACCCCAGGCCUUCAUGCUGCAAGCAUCCGACGAAUUACUCCGAUGCAUGCAGCAAAGGUGGCUAGAGGGCCGCCUUUCCUCGCUGCAUUACCUGCAGUUUUUGAACAGCGCUGCCGGCAGAAGCACCAGCAACUUCUCGGCGUAUCCGGUCUUCCCAUGGGUUAUCCAGAGAUACUCCGAAGCAGAUGCGGCAAAUCCGCUAAGCGAUCCAGCUGCGUAUAGAGAUCUGAGCAAGCCGAUUGGCGCCCUAAAUCCGCAGCGACUCGAAGGCCUGUUGAAGCGCAUGAAAGACAUCCAGGUGGAUGCAGGCGGAGUGGGAUGCUCUCCGAGAGCAGCAGGCUCACCAAGCAGUGGAGAUUCAGGAGCUUCGGGAUCUAACGCAGCAGCAGCUGACCUCAAUUAUAUCUACGGCAGCCAUUACAGCACUCCCGCAUACACCGUUCACUUCCUUGUGCGUCUCUUACCCGAAUGCCUGCUAAGGCUUCACUGUGGCCGCUUUGACUGCCCGCACAGAAUCUUCAGAUCCAUGCAGGGCGCGUGGGCAGGAGCCUACAGCGGGCAGUCCACUUUCGUGGAGCUGACUCCCGAGUUCUACUCGUAUGACCCCUCGUUCCUCUGCAACAGACUGGCCAUACGUCUGUCCGCUAAGCCGACUGGUGCGCCCCUCUUUCGACCAGCAGCAGAAAGCGGCAGCGCUGCCGAGGGGAGACACUCGCUACAAGCAGAUUUCGAAGGAAGCGCAGCAGCAGUGGCGAAAGCGGCAGCAGCAGAAACACUGGGAGAUGUCGAUCUGCCCGCCUGGUGUGGAGGCGACCCUGCGCUGCUGUUGCUGCUGCACCGUGCAGCUCUGGAAGGCAGCUACUGCAGCAGCUCCCUCCAUCGGUGGAUUGAUCUUGUCUUUGGCUAUAAACAAACGGGUCAGGAAGCCCGUGCGGCACACAACGUCUUCCAUCCGCUAACCUACGCAGACGCUGUUGCUGCCGCUGCAACAGGCAGCUGCUGCCCCACGGGAAAUCAAGGAGACGUCUUUUCCCUCGGGCUGUCGAGGCUGCUGAAGCAGCUCUCGCCCCUCGUGCGUAAUGUGCAGCUUCAGGAGUUUGGUCAGACGCCAAUCAAGCUUUUCUCGCAACCGCAUCCAAUGAGGCUUUCCUCACCGCCAUUCGACCCUGUAGAAUGGGAAUUCGCAUUUGGUCGGUCAGCGCCUCGGCAUCUGCUGACGGCUGAUAGGUUCUGCAUCUCGGCGACAGCGGCGCCAAACGGGAUAGAAGCCGGCACUUCCAUGUGGUCAGACACACCAUGGUUUCUGUUCAUUCAACAGCAUCCCGAGCUGCUUCCAGGCCUCUUGAGUCCAACCCCACUUUCUCCUGCCGUGCGAUUGCAUCAAUUCUCCUCCUCCUCAGCAGCAGCAGCAGCGGCAGAAGCCUCAGGCGGACCGCAGAGGCGUGAGCUGCAGCUUGUGAAAUCUGGCGCUGCUGCUCAGAGGGUGCCCCCUGUGUGGCGGCACCCACCGAAGCCAGAAAACGAGGACCAACAAGUGCUCCAAUUACUGCUCCAAGGGGCAUCUGCUCCUCCCCAGCAGCAGCAACAGCAAGUCCCAGCUGCUGCGACAAGGAAUGCUGCUGCCGCUUCAGCAACGCGAAUGUGGGGCCGCUUUCCCCGCAGUGUUGCGACUGCCAAUUCUCCUUGGCGCCAGUUUUCUGCUUGGUCCUGCAGCAGCCAUGCCAGCAGCAACGGUAAAUUGCCGGGCGCUGCUGCAACGUCCUCUCCCGUACAGCAGCAGCAGCAGCAACAACAACAGCAACAGCAACAACAGCGGCGGCAGCAGCAAGUGGCUAUUCGCUGCCGAUGGUUAGGCCUCUCUGGUCUUUCGUGCUGCAGAGGAUCGCUGGCAGUGAUCGGGCGAGACGGACGACUGUGCUGUUUCGACGCCCUUGAAGGCGGCCUCUUUCAACAGGAACAGGCGCUACACUCACUGGAAUCGGUUGAAGCAGCAACCCCAUCGGAAGGCCUCUCCUUGUCUGCAUAUGCAUCGGCAAUCCAUCGAAAGGUCACCGAGCUGCCUCUCACCAGCGUUGCACACCUCGGCUCCUGGAGGCUCUUGGCCCUUGGGUGUACAGACGGCAGCAUAUAUCUGCAGACCUUGCCUCAUCGCGAAGUGAUGCCUUCCCGCACAUCCUUGAGCAGCGGCGCUGAUGACAGCGCCGGCUGCUCAAGCUUCUAUGAACUACCAAGUGGAGGCCGCAAAGAGAAGCAAAGAGCGAUUGGGCACAUCGACUCCGUCUUGUCGCUUUUCUUCGAAAAAACCGAUGGAAUUCUGGUUUCUGGGGCAGCGGACGCAACCGUGCGAGUAUGGGGUGUCUCACCAGCUGCUUUGCUGCUGCAGCGGCUCUUCGAUGAGCCGUUUUCAGAGGUGACAGCUACAGCAGCCAGUGGGCCCCUAGUCCUUGCGGGCACAGCCAGCGGUCAGGUGCUGCUGUGGGACUUGCGAUGCGCCUCCCCCUGUGUUUGGGAAGCGCCUCAGGGGGGCCCUAACGAAUUGGCAGGGCCUGUGAAGGAUUGCUCCUUUGCAGAGGGGGGCAGAGUCGCCGCACUGGUGCAUGCACCGCGGGCAGCCGCUGCUCUCCACUUCCAGGAGGAACGGCAACUCCAACAAGUAGGCGUGAAAGCAUUUGGCUUUUCAGAUCAGCAGCAGCUGGCAGCGGAAGCGGUCAGCACUGAGGCAGGGGCAGUAGCAGCAGCAGCUGGAGCAGCACCGGCAGCUGAGGCAGCAGGCGCAGGAGAUGCGCCUUUCCCCGUGCAGCUGUGGGAGCUUCGAGGCGGCAGCCGAGUCCCCUUCAGGGGGCAGCCGGGGGCUUGGAUCCAUCCUGGUGCGACAGCAGGAGUCGUUACUUGUGGGAUAUUGGACGAUACUGGCCUUGCCCUUCUGGCAGGUGUAGAGUCCGCGUCUGCCAGUGAUGCUGCGGAUUGUGGCGGUGAUGGUGGAGCAGUUGUUCGUCUCGUCGACUGUAUUAAGAGAGAGGAGAUCAGCAGAGCGCGUCUGCGCACUGUUAGAGCCCCUCGGUACAUAUCUGCCUGGCCAGCGAAUGCCCCCGCUUUAGGUGAAGCGUCAGCUGAGGGAAAGACCCCUGGGGCCUGGGGACCCACACUCGUCGCUGUGGGGGAGGCUGGAGGAGCUGUAGAGGUUCUUUGGGUGUAA